CUGGCGCUGAAGGAAGGAAGUUGAGGCCUGAGCGGCCUGGGCUGUGUUUGAAAGGCCGCGGACGCUAGCGGCAGCGGCAGCAGCAGCUACUUGGACAUCCUGAGGGCGGCCCGAUGGGAGACGAGAUGGAUGCCAUGAUCCCUGAGCGGGAGAUGAAGGACUUUCAGUUUAGAGCUCUGAAGAAAGUGAGAAUCUUUGACUCUCCUGAAGAGUUGCCCAAGGAGCGCUCGAGUGUGCUCACCGUAUCCAAUAAAUAUGGCAUGCUCUUUGCUGGUGGCACCAAUGGCUUGAAUGUCUUUCCUACUAAAAGCCUUCUUAUCCAAAACAAACCUGGAGAUGAUCCCAAUAAAAUUGUUGACACAAUCCAAGGCUUGAAUGUCCCUAUGAAAUUCCCAGUUCAUCACCUGGCACUGAGCUGUGAUAACCUUACACUCUCUGCGUGCAUGAUGUCCAGUGAAUAUGGCUCCAUUAUAGCCUUUUUUGAUGUUCGCACGUUUUCAAAUCAGGCUAAACCACUGAAACGCCCAUUUACCUAUCACAAGCUUUCAAAUGGUGCCAGCGGGAUGGUGAAUGAUAUGAAGUGGAACCCCACUGUCCCUUCCAUGGCAGCAGUUUGUCUAGCUGAUGGCAGCAUUUCUGUCUUGCAAGUUACAGAUGUGGUGAAAGUGUGCGCCACACUUCCUCCUUCAUCGGGAGUCACGUGUGUAUGCUGGAGCCCCAAAGGAAAGCAGCUGGCCGUGGGAAAGCAGAAUGGAACUGUGGUCCAGUAUCUUCCUACAUUGCAGGAAAAAAAGGUCAUUCCAUGUCCUCCGUUUUAUGAGGCAGACCACCCUGUCAGAGUUCUGGAUGUGCUGUGGAUUGGUACAUACGUCUUCACGAUAGUCUAUGCUGGUGCGGAUGGCGCACUGGAGACCUGUCCAGAUGUGGUGAUGGCUCUGCUUCCGAAAAAAGAAGAAAAGCACCCAGAAAUAUUUGUGAACUUCAUGGAGCCCUGCUACAGCAGCUGCGCAGAGAGACAACAUCAUUACUACCUCAGCUACAUCGAGGAGUGGGAUUUAGUGCUGGCAGCAUCUGCAGCGUCAACAGAAGUUAGCAUCCUUGCUCGACAAAGUGAUCAGACUAAUUGGGAAUCUUGGGUACUGGAAGACUCUAGUCGAGCUGAACUGCCUGUGACAGACAAGAGCGAUGACUCCUUGCCCGUGGGUGUUGCCAUAGAUUACACCAAUGAAGUAGAAGUUGCCAUCAAUGAAGAAAAGACUCUUCCUCCUGCUCCGGUUCUCCUGUUACUUUCAACAGAUGGUGUGCUUUGUCCAUUUUAUAUGAUCAAUCAAAAUCCCGGGGUUAGGUCCCUAAUCAAGACCUUAGAGCUGAUCUCAGCAGAAGGAGAACGCCAGCCUAAGUCCUCAGGAAGUUUUCCUAGUACACCACCUUCCCCUCAAGCGCCACAGAACCUUGACGCUCCAGCAACAGCCUCUUCGCCUCUUCCACCGGUGUCUGCUGCUCCCACCGCCACCUUCCCUUUGCCGUCUGCUGGAGGAGGCCCUUCUGUGUUCUCCUUUGGCCCUUCACCCUUCAAGUCCUCCUCCAUCCCCGGGGAGCCCCCGCCAUACCCCACUGGCUCUGACAGUUCCAGAGCAGCACCAGCCUCUGGCACCCCCACCUUCUCUUUUGCGCCUCCUUCCAAAGGCACCUUGGCCCCAACCCCUGCAGUGGCUCCUGUGCCCACAUCUGCUGCUCCCUUCACUUUCGGAUCAUCAGGUUUUAAGCCCCCCUUGGAAAGCACACCUAUGUCCAGUGCCCCAAACACAGGGAUGAAGCCUUCAUUCCCACCCUCGACUUCUUCGGUGAAAGUCAACCUGAACGAGAAGUUCACUGCUGUGGCCUCCUCUGCACCCGUUCAUAGCUCCACAAGCACACCCUCCGUGUUGCCGUUCUCUUCCUCCCCCAAGCCACCAGCUUCUGGACCACUCAGCCAUCCCACGCCUCUCCCAGCAUCACCCAGCUCCAUGCCUUUGAAACCUUCAGUCUCUCCCUCGCCGUCAGUUGGCCGCUCCACCCAGACUGCCCCGAGUUCAGCACCCUCCACAGGGCAGAAAUCUCCUAGGGUAAAUCCUCCAGUGCCAAAGUCAGGGUCCUCUCAGGCCAGAGCACUUCAGCCUCCUGUUACAGAGAAGCAGAGGCAUCAGUGGAAAGAUUCAGACCCUGUGAUGGCUGGAAUUGGAGAGGAGAUUGCACACUUCCAGAAAGAGCUGGAGGAGUUAAAGGCGCGGACCUCCAAAGCCUGUUUCCAGGUCGGCACCCCUGAGGAGAUGAAGAUGCUGCGCACAGAGUCAGACGACCUGCACACCUUCCUCUUUGAGAUCAGAGAGGCCACAGAGUCUCUUCAUGGAGACAUAAGUACCCUGAAAACAACUCUGCUGGAGGGCUUUGCUGGUGUUGAAGAAGCCAGAGAACAGCAUGGAAGAAAUCAUGACUCUGGGUAUCUCCAUCUGCUUUAUAAAAGACCACUGGAUCCCAAGAGUGAGGCCCAGCUCCAGGAAAUUCGCCGCCUUCACCAGUAUGUGAAAUUUGCUGUCCAGGAUGUGAAUGAUGUCCUAGACUUAGAGUGGGAUCGGCAUCUGGAGCAGAAGAAAAGACAGAGGCGCCUAAUUGUGCCAGAGAGAGAGACACUUUUCAACACACUAGCCAACAACCGGGAAAUCAUCAACCAGCAGAGGAAGAGGUUGAAUCACCUGGUGGACAGUCUGCAGCAGCUCCGUCUCUAUAACCAGACGUCCCCAUGGAACCGGCCCUCAACGCUUUCAACGCAAAGUGACACUCCUAGUUUUGACAGUGACCUUGAACACCUGCUAAAGACUACCAUUGAAUCUCACACCAAGCCUUCUCCCAGAGUGCCAGGUAAACUGUCCCCUGCGAAACAGGCCCAACUGAGGAACUUCUUGGCCAAAAGGAAGACCCCACCAGUGAGGUCUACUGCUCCAGCCAGCCUGUCUCGGUCAGCCUUCCUGUCUCAGAGGUACUAUGAAGACUUAGAUGAAGGCAGCUCCGCGUCGUCCGUAGCUCACCCUCUGGAGGGAGAAGAUGCCCGGCCGACGCCAACCUGCAGAGAGGAAGAGGCUGUGGUCCCAGUCCCUCGGCAUGCCCCCGUGGUCCGCACACCUUCUGUCCAACCCAGUCUCCUGCCUCAGGCGAUGCCUUUUGCAAAGCCUCACCUGAUUCAUAGUUCUUCACCUGCUGCGAUGAACUCUUCAAUCUCUACGUCAGCUACCAAAGUUAUUCCUCAAGGAGCCGACAGCACAAUGCUGGCAACUAAAACGGUAAAGCAUGGUGCACCGGGUCCUUCCCACACUGUCGCAGCUCCCCAGGCAGCGGCUGCUGCAGCCCUGAGACGGCAGAUGGCCAGUCAGGCGCCAGCUGUGAGCACUCUGACCGAAUCCACUUUGAAGAAUGUCCCUCAAGUGGUGAAUGUACAGGAACUGAAGAAUAACCCCUCACCCCCUUCUGCGGCCAUGGGUUCUUCUGGGCUACACUCAGCAGCCAAAGCCCCCCAUGCAGUGUUAACCCCAGUGGCUGCCAGCCAAGCCAAGCAGGGGUCUCUGAUAAAUUCCUUCAAGCCGUCAGGACCCACACCAGUGUCCUGUCAGCUGUCCUCUGGGGAUAAAGCUGUAGGUCCAGGGACAGCCAAGACAGAGUCAGCUGUGACCUCCACCCCAUCUACGGGGCAGCUCAACAAGCCUUUCUCAUUCGCCUCCCCAGGGACCUUUACUUUUGGGACAAUCACACCAGCCCCAUCUUCUAGUUUCACUGCCACACCAGGGGCAGCACCCCCCACUAAAGAGUCAAACCAGCUUGAGGCGUUCUCAUUUGGCGGGGGAGGCAAACCUUUUUGUGAGGCCAUUCCUGGAAACGCCCCUGCCACGGGACCCCCAUCAGCACCCAGCACUUCUGUAACAACUACGUCUCUGGAAGACUCUGCUCCAACCAGCAGCAAACCUGCAGCUCCUGAAACUACUGUGUCCACUGCCUCUAGCAAAUUGGAAACUCCACCAUCCAAGUUAGGAGAGCUUCUCUUCCCAAGUUCUCUAGCUGGAGAGACGCUAGGGAGCUUCUCAGGACUGCGUGUUGGCCAAGCUGAGGAGUCUACAAAGCCCGUUAGUAAGGCCUCCUCCACAAACCUGGCCGGAGCCCAGCCAGCCAAGCCCUCAGGGUUUAGCUUUCCUGGUGCUUCCGUGUUAGGGAAGCCAGUGGAGCCCAGUGUGACGUCCUCUGCCCCAGCGGCACCAGUCUCAGCUCUGAGUGCGAGCACUAGCAGUUCCUCGGCAACUGUCUUUGGCAGUGUGCCCCUUACCAGUGCUGCACCUUCCGGGCUCAUGAGUUUUAGUGGGGCCUCUUUGGCUAGUAGCAAAGCUAGUUUCUCAUUUGGAAACCAACAGACUAGUAGUGCAGCAGCAGCAGCUACCCCAGCAUCCACCUCAGUUGCCCCUUCCCUUCCAGCAUCUUUCCCUACUUUGUCAUUUGGUGGCCUCCUGAGUUCACCAUCAGCUUCUUCCCUGCCUGUGUCUUCUGGUAAGAUCACAGAGGAGGCCACACCACCAGCUGUGCCUGACAAGUCAGACCACAGUGAAGUGUCAGCAUCAACACCCUCACUUCCACUACAGCCACCGUCAGCCCAGCUUCCCCAGGCAUCUCUGCAAACUUCUGACCCUGUCAAAAAAGAACCUGCUCCUGUGCAGACCACAGACAGCAGACCAUCAUCUUCUGCCAGCCUUGUGGCAUCCACAGAAUCCACUCCAGUCGCCCCAGGGGGCCCUGAUAGCAAGACAGAAGCAGUGUCCCCUGCUUCCACCUUUGCAGGGCCUGGGCCGGCCGUGGUUGCAGCUGUUCUCCUAGGAGCAGGCUCGGCAGCCAGUGAAGCUUCUGGUACCCCUAGCAGCUCCAGCACUGUCUCCAGCAGUACCCCAACCCCUGCCACAGAGACAGCUGUGUUUGGGACUGCCACUUCUGGCUCCUCAGUCUUUACACAGCCGCCUGCUGCCAGUUCGAGCUCAGCAUUCAACCAGCUCUCCAGUAACACGGCCACUGCACCCUCCGCCACCCCCGUGUUUGGGCAAGUGGCAGCCAGCAUAGCCAGCACAGCCGCUGCCACGCCACAGGCCAGCAGUUCAGGAUUUGGCAGCCCUGCAUUUGGUGCUUCGGCUCCUGGAGUGUUUGGACAGACAGCGUUUGGGCAGUCCCCAGCCUUUGGGCAAGCAACAAGCAGCCCUGCGAGUGGCUUCUCCUUCAGCCAACCUGGGUUCAGCUCUGUCCCUGCUUUUGGCCAGUCUGUCUCCUCCACCCCCACAUCCACCAGUGCCAAUGUCUUCGGAGCCACCUCAAGUACCAGCAGCCCCGGUUCCUUCUCAUUUGGACAGGCUUCUACCAAUACAGGAGGGACGCUAUUUGGCCAAAACAACCCUCCUGCUUUUGGUCAGAGCCCGGGCUUUGGGCAGGGAGGCUCUGUGUUUGGUAGCACCUCGGCCACUACCUCUACAGCAGCACCUUCAGGGUUUAGCUUUUGUCAAGCCUCCGGUUUUGGGUCUAGUAAUACUGGUUCUGUGUUUGGUCAGGCAGCCAGUAGCGGUGGGUCAGUCUUUGGCCAGCAGUCAUCCACUUCCAGCGGCAGCGUGUUUGGGUCUGGAAAUGCUACAAGAGGGGGCGGUUUCUUCAGUGGCCUUGGAGGAAAACCCAGCCAGGAUGCUGCCAACAAAAACCCAUUCAGCUCAGCCAGUGGGGGCUUUGGGUCUACGCCUACACCAAAUACCUCUAAUCUGUUCGGGAACAGCGGAGCUAAGACCUUCGGAGGGUUCGGCUCCUCCUUCGGGGAGCAGAAGCCUGCUGGCACAUUCAGCUCUGGUGGUGGGAGCGUGGCAUCCCAAGGUUUCGGAUUUUCCACCCCAAAUAAAACAGGUGGCUUCGGUGCUGCUCCAGUGUUUGGCAGCCCUCCUACUUUUGGGGGAUCCCCUGGGUUUGGAGGGGUGCCAGCAUUCGGUUCAGCCCCAGCCUUUACAAGCCCUCUGGGCUCGACGGGAGGCAAAGUGUUCGGAGAGGGUACUGCGGCCGCCAGCGCAGGAGGAUUCGGGUUCGGGAGCAGCAGCAACACUGCAUCCUUCGGUACCCUCGCCAGUCAGAACGCACCCACUUUCGGAUCCUUGUCCCAGCAGACCUCUGUCUUCGGGACCCCGAGCAGUGGAUUCUCUGGGUUUGGAUCAGGCACAGGAGCAUUCACCUUCGGAUCAUCUAACUCGUCUGUCCAGGGCUUCAGUGGCUGGAGAAGCUGAGCCGACGGCAGCCUUCCCUGAGGCUGCUGUGAGCUCCUGUAGGCACCCUCCACUCUACAGGCGCCCACAGGAACAGGCUGUCAGAAGAACUCUCAUGAAAAUGCUCCGCCAGGAAGAAGCAUUGGAGACCAAAGCUCAGCAGUGCUUGACUGCCUCUUCCCCACCUUCAGAUUUUGCAUCAAGUUUUCCUCUGCUAUUAAAGUGUUUGGGCUGGUUCUGCACAGAA